CGCAGACGGCUUUUGCAACCCCACCAUCAAGUCCAGCCCCAAGCCUACCGACCUCCAGUAUUCUCAAGCACUGGCCCAGGGUUUAACGACAACGAUACAUAUGACACGAAACGAAACGAUACAUACGAGACGAUAUCCACGAUAAUACUCCAACACCCACUCACGCACAACUCAACUCAAUAAUAUCAAGACUCGCUCCGAGUCUUGCGCAUCGAUAAUCCAGCGACCUCAGCUGAAGCCAGGACAUGGUACCUCGUCUCUAAACCGUGUUUAUCAAUAACUAGUCUUAUUCUUCUUUCUUCUCUACGCCCAGCAUGAUGGAUGACUAUGUGAGCGAGUCGGAUAGCGACUACACAAGCUACUGGAGGGAUUGGUUUAUCUCGUCCAGGGGCAACGAGUACUUUUGCGAAAUCGAUGAGGACUACCUCACAGACAGGUUCAACCUGACUGGCCUGAACACAGAGGUACAAUACUACCAGUACGCGCUGGACCUCGUCACCGACGUCUUUGACCUCGAGUGCGAUGAUGAGAUGCGCGAGGCCAUAGAGAAAUCUGCAAGGCACCUUUACGGUCUCGUGCAUGCUCGCUAUAUUGUUACGACUAGAGGUCUAUCAAAAAUGCUUGACAAGUACAAAAAGGCCGAGUUUGGAAAAUGCCCUCGUGUCAUGUGUCACUCCCACCCCCUCCUUCCUAUGGGUCUCUCUGAUGUCCCCAACCUAAAGCCAGUCAAGCUCUACUGUGCCAGAUGCGAGGACAUCUACAAUCCCAAAUCAUCGCGCCAUGCCGCCAUUGACGGCGCUUACUUUGGCACCUCGUUCCAUAACAUCCUCUUUCAGGUGUAUCCCGCCCUCAUCCCCACCAAGAGCGUGGACCGAUAUGUCCCCCGCGUGUACGGAUUCAAGGUCCACGCUUCUGCGGCCCUGAUUCGCUGGCAGAGCUCCAAGCGCGAUGAGAUGCGUCGUCGACUUCGCAAGCUUGAGAUCGACACUGGUUUCCGCGACGAGAUGGAGGAUGAAGAAGAAGAUGAUGACGAGGAACUCGAGUUUGAGGGAAUAGAUGGCCGCAUGGCUGUCGUUGAGGGCCUUUAGUAAACUGUUCAAUUCAUGACAGAAUAUUAGAGUGCAUGUCAGGUCACUGGCAACAACCCCUCCAAGGUCACAUAAACAGGCCGCAUAAACUGGCGCAACGGGCAUAUACGGACACCACAAAGACCAUCCUCACUUUCUCAGUGCCUUAUCGGUUCAAUUGACGGGACGUGGAUCUCCUGCUGGAUGGAUAUCCAUCAUCUCCCAAGGAGUGACUAUUCUGUUGCUUUCGUUCCUGUUGGUUCGGUUCUGGAUCGGCGUUUGGCGGCAAGUCAAUGUAGGGCAAAACUGGCAGGGCUGGUAUAAACCACAAAUGGGUGAAAUAGUAUUUUCUUGAAUUAUAGUUGUUCAAUAAGAAGCGUCUGUUUUCUACUA